AUGCUGCUCUCCUUCGUCUACAGGACUCCUGAUGGGACAGGUGAGACGACUGGCUACAGAUUGAAGGUUUACCUUGUUAUUCAUAAUGCAGAACAUUAUCAUGUUAUUACCAUGCUAAUACCCUUUAUCACACUUUAUUCUGUACCGUCACCAAAACAGUUUAUGAGACGUUGCUGUUUAAAAUCAUAUAAUUAGAUGCAAGUUGUUUCAUUAAAAUUUGAGUGAUCACAAAGUUUAUUAUUGCAGAGUAAGGAAAGUACUUGGCUUUGGACCUGAGAGGAACUAACUUCCGGGUACUGGUAGUGAAGAUCCGGAGUGGAAUAAGCAAGUCUGUCUGUAUGUACAACAAGAUCUACACCAACCCUCUGGAGAUCAUGCAGGGCACAGGAGAGGAGGUGAGACUGCCACCGCCCCACUCUGAGGGGUGUACUGCAGGAUCAAUGAGUUAGCCAGGUAACUUUGAUAAACAACCAGAAAUAACUAUUGAUUUUCUGCUUCAUUAAGAAAUCGAAACUUAGAUAUGUGUUUUGAUUGUUGAGUCGAUCAAACCAUGCCCAUUUCGAGCUUAUCUUUCUAAAAAGUAAAAUGUUAUUUCAGAAUAUUUAGGCAAGUUAGCUGGCUAACUCAUUUAUCCUGCUAGGUAGUUUACCCCUCAGGUCCCUAACCUUAACCUGACUCAAACAAAUUCUCUGUUUCCAGCUGUUCCAACCACACUGUCCAGUGCAGCUCAGAUUUUCUGGACUACAUGGAGAUGAAGAAUACUCACCUACCGCUUGGUUUCACCUUCUCCUUCCCCUGCAGACAGACAGGAAUCGAUAAGGUAAAAGUAGAUAAAGAUCAGCACCCUUAACGCCAAAGAAUGGCAGUUAUUUCAAUGCCCUGUGUGCUUAAUCAGGGUAAGACAUUCCAUUACUUUUCAAGUGUGUGACGGCUCUCCAUUGUAACACUUCCUUCCUCAGGGAAGUUUGGUUAGCUGGACCAAAGGGUUCAAAGCCACAGACUGUGAAGGAAGUGAUGUGGUGGACAUGUUGCGAGAAGCUUGUGGAAUGUGAGUGAAAUGGAACAAGCCCUACUGUGCUCUGUAAUAGCCAGUCUGGAAGGAAAUAUCUAUACUAUCGCCCAUUAUAAAAGUAUUUAUAGGCCAAAUGUAAUAUUUAGUUUCCUGUAGGAAUUUGAUCUGGACAUUGUUGCCGUGGUGAAUGACACAGCGGGCACAAUGAUGACGUGUGUAUAUGAAGACCCCAAGUGUGAGAUAGGACUUAUUGCUGGUAUGUAGGGCCUAGCUAUUCUCAACCCUGGUGAUUUUAUAUUGUACUCUUCCUACACUAACAAAACAGUGAGAUGUGUAUGAUCUCUGUGUGAAAUGCUGCCCCCUAGGGACGUGGAGUAACGUGUGUUAAAUGGAGGAAAUUAGGAACAUUGAGAUGGUGGAGGGGGACUAGGGACGGACGUGGGUGAACACAGAGUGGGGCGUUUUGGGGAGAAUGACUGCCUAGAGGACAUCCGGACCAGGUUUGACAGAGAAGUAGAUGAGGGGUCAUUGAACAACGGCAAACAAAGGCAAGUUGUUAAUAUCCAGAUCAGAAUGGCCACUUCCUGCAUCACUAGAGCAGGGUUUCUUAAAUUAUGGGUUCGGGACCCAAAGUGGGCCCUGGGCAUGUGAGAGGUGGGUUGUGAGUUAUUUUUAAUUUGGGUUGUUGGAGGACGAUUUAGGUCACGGGACAACGGUCAAUUUCUCAUUUGGGUCUCGAGCUGAAAAGGUUUAAGAACCCCUGAUGUAGAGGACACCCUGGUGUCAGGGAUUGUCAUUCAAUUAGUUUCUUAUCCAUAGUUCAGUCUAAAUCUGAUACAAAUUAGUUAUUCAACCGUGUUAAAGAGAGAAUUCAUUUUGCUGUAUUAUGCUUAUGAAAAUUUUCCCUAACCCAUAAUCAUUUAAAAAGGCUUGAUUCAAAUUCUGCAUGACAAUGUCCCCAUAUUAGUAAAUAAAAGUUCUAGACUAUUGCCCCAGCAAUGCAGUGAAAUAUUGAACAAUUGUAGCUUUUUAGCAUUUUGUCUAAUUCAUGUCAUAUCCUGUUGCCCCAGGUUUGAGAAGAUGAACAGCGGUAUAUACUUGGGGAGAUAGUGAGACAGAUUCUCAUGGACCUAACCAGGAGAGGUCUUCUGUUCCGGGGCCACAUCACAGAGCCUCUGAAGACCAGGGGUAUCUUCAAGACCAAGUUCCUGUCCCAAAUCGAGAGGUACAGAGUCGUAGAAAUGCGCACGUAGCACAGCAACUCAGGCCUGUAAUAGUAGUCAGAUCCAACGUAAAUCCACAGAGUAUUUAGGAUUACUCAUAUGAAUAUGUGCUUUUAAUGCUGGUUAGGGAUACUUACAGUAAGUGUUUACAGUUGCAUAAGUAGAGUAGGCUUUUAUACCAGGGUCUCUCGAAACGUAGCAAAGCAUUUUGCAACGAAAACUAGAGUUUCUAUUGGAUAAAUUCAGGUAGGCCCCUCCCCGUUUUGUUAUGUUUGCUGCUUCUGUAUUCUUCCAUUUGGUUCUGUUUGGUUACUUUGGUUCUGAGUCCCUGCCCAUCUUCCAAAAAUGUCUAAGAAACCUACCUAUUCACAAAGUAUCUUGAUUAAUCCCACAGCACCCCUUCCUUCACCCCUACCCCCUGCGUUUCUUGCGCUAACAUCUUUACUAAUGACCUGCCACUGGCUCUGAGUAAAGCCUGAGUGUCUAUGUAUGCGGAUGACUCAACACUUUACACGUCAGCUACUACACCGAGUGAAAUCACUGCAACACUUAACAAAGAGUCCGUUUUAGAAUGGGUGGCAAGAAAUAAGUUAGGCCUAAAUAUUUCUAAAACUAAAAGCAUUGUAUUUGGGACAAAUCAUUAACUAAACCCUAAACCUCAACUAAAUCUUGUAAUGAAUAAUGUGGAAAUUGAGCAAGUUGAAGAGACUAAACUGUAUUUUCUUACUAGCAUAGACUUUGUUGCUUUAUUGAGGAAAGAUGACUUACUAUGACUGUGAUAUGUGGUUGUCUCACCUAGCUACCUUAUAAUGAAUGCACUAACUGUAAGUCGUUCUGGAUAAAAGUGUCUGCUAAAGCACUAAAAUGUCAAAUGUAGUGAAUACACCCCAGGCGUACAAGAAUAUGAAGCGUGAGACUCCUCUAUAUCUCCCCCCAGUGACCGCUUGGCGCUACUGCAGGUGAGGUCCAUUCUGCUGCAUCUGGGUCUGGACAGUACAUGUGAUGACAGUAUCAUCGUCAAGGAGGUGUGUGGUACAGUGUCUCACCGGGCAGCCCAGCUCUGUGGAGCCGGAAUGGCCGCCGUCGUUGACAAAAUCCGAGAGAACCGUGGGCUGGACCAAAUGGACAUCACCGUGGGGACGGACAGAACACUCUACAAGCUGCAUCCACAGUGA